GGCCGGACGUGACAAGUAUGAACCCGCAGCCACAUCCGAACAUGGCAACAAGAAGAAGGGGAAGGGCAAGGAGAAGGACAUGGAUGAGCUGAAGAAGGAGGUCUCCUUGGAAGACCACAAGCUGACUCUGGAUGAAUUGCACCGCAAGUACGGCACAGACCUGACCCGGGGACUCACCACUGCCCGGGCAGCUGAGAUCCUGGCCAGAGAUGGUCCCAACGCCCUCACCCCUCCCCCUACCACUCCGGAAUGGGUGAAGUUCUGCCGUCAGCUCUUUGGAGGCUUCUCCAUGCUGCUGUGGAUCGGAGCCAUCCUCUGUUUCCUGGCGUACGGUAUCCAGGCAGCCACGGAAGAGGAACCACAGAACGAUAAUCUCUACCUCGGUGUGGUCUUGUCAGCCGUCGUCAUCAUCACCGGAUGCUUUUCCUACUACCAAGAAGCAAAGAGCUCCAGGAUCAUGGAGUCCUUCAAGAACAUGGUGCCCCAGCAAGCCUUGGUGAUCCGGAGUGGUGAGAAGUUGAGUAUUAAUGCCGAGGACGUGGUUCUGGGAGAUCUGGUGGAGGUGAAAGGUGGAGACCGGAUCCCGGCAGAUCUCAGGGUCAUCUCUGCUCACGGUUGUAAGGUGGACAACUCUUCCCUCACCGGAGAGUCCGAACCCCAGACCCGAUCUCCCGACUUCACCAAUGAAAACCCUCUUGAGACCCGUAACAUCGCCUUCUUCUCCACCAACUGUGUGGAAGGCACUGCCCGUGGUAUCGUUAUCAACACCGGCGACCGCACUGUCAUGGGACGUAUCGCCACCCUGGCCUCCGGUCUGGAAGGUGGCCGCACCCCUAUCGCCAUUGAGAUCGAGCAUUUCAUUCAUAUCAUCACCGGGGUGGCCGUCUUCCUGGGCGUCUCCUUCUUCAUCCUGUCCCUCAUCCUGCAGUACACCUGGCGUGGAGGCCGUCAUCUUCCUCAUCGGCAUCAUCGUCGCCAACGUGCCUGAAGGGCUGCUGGCCACCGUCACGGUGUGCCUUACACUCACUGCUAAGCGCAUGGCCCGCAAGAACUGCCUGGUGAAGAACUUGGAAGCCGUGGAAACUCUGGGAUCUACCUCCACCAUCUGCUCCGACAAGACCGGAACCCUCACCCAGAACCGGAUGACUGUGGCCCACAUGUGGUUCGAUAAUCAGAUUCACGAAGCUGACACCACAGAGAAUCAGAGCGGUGCCUCCUUCGACAAAAGCUCUCCAACCUGGACCGCACUGGCACGUGUCGCUGGGCUGUGUAACAGAGCUGUGUUCCAGGCUGGUCAGGAGAACACUCCUAUCCUGAAGAGAGAUGUGGCCGGUGACGCCUCGGAGUCGGCCCUCCUGAAGUGUAUUGAGCUGUGCUGCGGCUCGGUGAAGGACAUGAGAAACAAGAACACCAAAGUGGCUGAAAUCCCCUUCAACUCCACCAACAAGUACCAGCUGUCCAUACACAACAAUGCCAUUCCUGACGAGUCCCGUUACUUGCUGGUUAUGAAGGGGGCCCCCGAGAGGAUCCUGGACCGAUGCUCCACCAUCUUGCUGCAGGGCAAAGAGCAGCCUCUGGAUGAGGAAAUGAGAGACUCCUUCCAAAACGCGUAUCUGGAGCUGGGUGGCCUUGGAGAGCGAGUGCUCGGCUUCUGUCACUUGGCUUUGUCUGAUGACCAGUUCCCUGAGGGCUUCCAGUUCGAUACGGACGACGUGAACUUCCCCACCGAGAACCUGUGCUUUGUCGGUCUGAUCUCCAUGAUUGAUCCCCCUCGUGCUGCCGUGCCUGACGCCGUGGCAAAUGCCGAAGUGCCGGCAUCAAGGUUAUCAUGGUCACUGGAGACCAUCCAAUCACAGCAAAGGCCAUUGCCAAGGGUGUGGGGAUCAUCUCUGAGGGUAACGAGACUGUGGAGGACAUUGCUGCCAGGCUCAACAUUCCAGUCAACCAGGUGAACCCCAGAGAUGCCAAGGCCUGUGUGAUCCACGGCACUGAUCUGAAGGACAUGUCUCCCGAGCAGAUCGAUGACAUUCUGCGGCACCACACUGAGAUCGUCUUCGCACGAACCUCCCCGCAGCAGAAGCUGAUCAUCGUGGAAGGAUGCCAGAGACAGGGUGCCAUUGUGGCCGUGACCGGUGAUGGUGUCAAUGACUCCCCCGCCUUGAAG